AUGAUUACUGACGUCCAACUUGCAAUAUUUUCCAAUAUUCUUGGAGUGGCUCUCUUCUUCCUGGUCUUCCUGUUCCACUACAUCAAUGCGAAUUCCGGGAAAUAAGCGGAGAGUGCGGAGGAAAUUCCACAAUUCCACGAUGGAAAAAAAUCAUGAGUUGAGGGGAUUCGUUGUAUGGACAAGAUAUGAAGACGUUGAAUGUUUGUCAUGGGUUGGACUUUAGGCGAGAAUUAUCAAUUAAUAUGAUUCUUAAGCUGUUGUAAUAAAUUCUCAUUUCUAUGAA